AUGGGAACAAAAUUUUUCCGUUCCACUGUUUUGGAGAAGAUGAAGCAUAAUACAAUAAGAUUGAUGAAGAUUGAUGUAGGGGAUCGAUUGGAAACUUUUGAGGAGAUGUUAGGAGAAAUGGUUAGGUUCUUUACUGAUCUUAUUAGUACUGUUGAUCCAGAUGUUCAUGGUUUUAUGGUUGAGCAAUUGCAGGAUUUGUUGCAAUAUGUUCUUCCUGCUGGGGCUGCUAAGGAUUUGGUUAAAGAUGUAAUUGAAGAGGAUAUUAGGGUGACUUUAUUCUGGGGAGGGCUCUUUAUGGGUUGCUUGGUUAGCUAUGUAUUUAAAGGAGUUGCAUUUUGGCAGGUUGAAGGUUUCUUUAUUUCAUUGGGGAAGAACGUAAUUGUAGGUUCUAUUAAGGAGAUUGUUACUUGUAUCAGUUGCCUAAAUAAGUCUUACAACAGCGUUCUGUCUACUCAUUCCCUUCUCAAGCACACUGAUGUGGCUGUGCUCUUGGACAACGAGGCGAUUUACGACAUCUACCGCCGGUCGCUCAAUAUCGAGAGGCCAACUUACACCAACUCGAACCGUUUAAUAUCUCAGAUCAUAUCGUCCUUUACGACUUCCUUGAGGUUCGAUGGAGCCAUAAAUGUGGAUGUUACGGAGUUUCAAACCAAUCUGGUUCCAUACCCUCGUAUCCAUUUCAUGCUCUCCUGGUAUGCACCUGUUAUCUCGGCCUCGAAAGCGUACCACGAGCAAUUAUCUGUUCCCGAGAUCACGAGUUCUGUGUUUGAGCCCUCGAGCAUGAUGGCUAGGUGUGAUCCUAGGCAUGGGAACUACAUGGCAUGCUGCCUCAUGUAUCGAGGAGAUGUCGUACCCAAGGAUGUUAAUGCAGCUGUUGCUACUAUCAAAACGAAGAGGACCGUGCAGUUCGUUAACUGGUGCCCGGCUGGCUUCAAAUGUGGUAUUAACUAUCAGCCCCCAACUGUCGUACCCGGAGGCGAUCUCGCUAAGCUGCAGCGAGCUGUUUGCAUGAUAAGCAACAACACAGCAGUGGCCGAGGUGUUUGCACGCAUCGACCACAAGUUCGAUCUCAUGUUCGCAAAGAGAGCUUUUGUGCAUUGGUAUGUUGGUGAGGGCAUGGAAGAAGGUGAGUUCUCCGAAGCCCUUGAGGAUCUGGCUGCUCUGGAAAAAGAUUACGAAGAAGUCGGUGCUGAAGGUGUUGACGACGAAGAGGAUGCCUAAGACUAUUGAUGUUCUCACGCAAAGAUAUUUACA